CCGCUGUUACCUAGAAGAUUCCGCGAGUUUCGAAGCCGCAGCCGCAAGCUCAAAUUAAAAGAAUCCCGAAAUAGUGGCCUCUUAUUUCACGAAUUGCUCGAGCAAUAAUCGCAGUGAUUAAGAUCGUUUGUAUGCUGUAGGGAAAAUGGAGGACAGCAAAGAUGAGCACCAGUUCGUUGUUGACGAUGUCAGUAAGAUAAUAAAGGAAGCCAUUGAGACGACGAUCGGAGGCAACGCGUACCAGCACGAUAAGGUGAACAACUGGACCGGUUCUGUGGUAGAGAACUGUUUGGGAGUGUUAACAAAGCUGCAAAAGCCGUAUAAAUACAUUGUGACCUGUAUGAUAAUGCAGAAAAAUGGCGCAGGGCUCCAUACAGCAAGUUCGUGUUAUUGGAACAACGAAACAGACGGAUCGUGUACGGUGCGCUGGGAGAACAAAACGAUGUACUGUAUCGUGUCGGUAUUUGGGCUUUCGAUUUAGGUGAAUAGAGAGGAUGAAAUUGAAACGAACACUCAUAUGCACUAUCGACGCGGGCAGCCUUUCGUGCAAAGGCUGGCAUAUUAAGGGCUGUCUUUAAUACACUACUAUUGCACUGAUGCUAGUUUCAUCUCAUUCCUGAACCAUUCUACGAUCAUGAUUUGAUAAAUGUUUGAUUGUUUCCCUCGCAUCUUUGAGAGUGGCACCAAAUUAAUGCACCAAUGCAAACGGCAACCAUGAACUGCUUCUAGAGAUAGAGAGAAACAAGGUACGGAUAAAUCUGUUGCGCGCGAGAGCUUUUUGUAAUUUAUUAUUUUUUAAAUUAAAGAAAAAUACUACGCAUAAGUGCGCAGCGAUAACGUUUACGCUCGCUGCUCAUGAAUUGUUAUAAAGGCAUCACUUUAAACAUCGUCUCAAACUGUUUUUAUGUACUAACCACUAGUACUGUUACUAGCUCACUGCAGUGCUUUUGAUACUCUUCCGACUAUUCCUGUUCAUAUUUACCUAUACGCUCUGCAGUAGUUUGAUGAUGUGCAGUGAUAAACAACAUCGGAAGGCCAUAUCUUGUGGAGGGUACGGUACAGAUGAUCGAAAACAAAAAAUGCGGUAAGGCUGUGUAGGACAGAAGGUGAGACCAAGAGAAGGGCACAACAGCCGAAAUGUCGUUUCUGUAAAGACAGAUCGCUACUGAUCGUUUGUGUAUAAGCGGGAGUACGAGCGGGGUGUACGAGCCCUCGUAGGCGAGAGCCGAGUCGUGAAGAGAUGUAAAAUAUCAAAUGAAGGUGGCGAUCUCGGUGACCGACCGAUGAAAAGUGUCUUUGCAUCCCACAUUUCCAUGUAAUUAGGUCGUACGAGGAGACGAGGUCCUAGCGAAACGGAAGUGAAUGUACGUUUUGUUGAUGGGCAGCUGAUAAACAGUAGAAAUAAAAUAUCAAGAGGAAACAA